AAAGGAUUCCAGUUCAAACUGAAUGUCCCUAACCUCAGAGAACUAUAGUCAAUUCUUCACUGAAGCAUUUGUAUCUUCUUCAUCUUUAAUUCUGGUAUAUUUUGUUUAUUCUGUUUAGCUCCUAUAACAUUGCGUACAAAUUAUUAAUAGUUUUAGGACUUGGGUGAAAUUCUUGAACUAUGAAUAAUUUUAUGAACUUAUUUCUAUAAAUCAUAUUGCAUCAACAAAAUACUUGGUAUGUAAAAGGAUCUUAUUGAAUGAGAGACAAAUAAUUACUGAAAUAAAUGUUAUUUCUAGCAAUUUCUAUUCAAAAUUUAAGAUAUUUGUAUUCAAGUGGUAUGGCUCAGGGGACAUGAAAGUGCAAAUUAGUGAAAAAUGAUCUCUCAUUUUUGCAUGUUUACAUACCCGACUUCACUUCUUUAGUCAUUACCAUGAAUGGAAAAUUGUGGCUGAUGCUGAAGACAAAUAGACAUCAUUAGUGUUUGUUCUAGAAAUUAUAUAGUAGCUGACUGAAAGUGGUAAGAAAGGUAUUCAUGAAGUUUUGUAUCUCUUAACAAUUUGGUUUAGUACUGGAGUUACAAUAUAAAUAGAACAAACUAUUUUUUUCAUGAAGAUCUCUGAACAUACAGUUGAAUUUUGACUAUGCCUUCUGAAAUUGUGAUGAAAACAUAUAUAGAAAGCAUCAUAAAUGCAUGCCCAUCUGCAACUGUUUGACUAUAAAGCUGUCAGUGAAGUACAAUAUCAGAAAUAUUUUCAUAGAAAUGUCAGUUGGAAUUAAUACUUUCUUUCUGGUGGUGGCAACAAGAGGACUUGUCUUAGGAAUGCUGGGAAACGGGCUCAUUGGACUGGUAAACUGCAUUGAGUGGGCCAAGAGUUGGAAGGUCUCAUCAGCUGAUUUCAUCCUCACCAGCUUGGGUAUGGUCAGAAUCAUUCAACUGUAUUUAAUACUAUUUGAUUCACUUAUAAUGGUGUUGUCUCCUCAUCUAUAUACCAUCUGUAAACUAGUAAAACUGUUUACUAUUCUUUGGGCAUUAAUUAAUCACUUAAGUAUCUGGUUUGCCACCUGCCUAAGCAUUUUCUACUUGCUUAAGAUAGCCAAUUUCUCCCACUUCUUUUUUACCUGGCUGAACUGGAGAAUGAACAGAGUGGUUCUUGUGCUUUUCCUGGGGUCUUUGUUCUUAUCGUUUAUUUACCUUUUUAUGUACAAUGCCAUUAGUGAGUUUGAAAAAAACAUGACUUUGCACUCAGAUAUAAGUAAAGUAGUCUAUCUUCAAGGCCUUAGGCUUCUCAGCUUGACAUACAUCAUUCCCUUUCUUCUGACUCUGACCUCUUUGCUCCUUUUAUUUAUAUCCUUAGUGAGACACACCAAGAAUUUGCAGCUCAACUCUCUGGGCUCAAGGGUCUCCAGCACAGAGGCCCAUAAAAGGGCCAUGAAAAUGGUAAUAGUCUUCCUCCUCCUUUUUAUUAUUAACUUUAUUUCCACUUUAAUAGGAGAUUGGAUCUUCCUUGAGAUAGAGAAUUAUCAGGUCAUGAUGUUUAUUAUGAUGAUUUUAGUUGUCUUUCCCUCAGGCCACUCAUUUAUUAUAAUUUUGGGAAACAACAAGCUAAGACAGAGCUCCUUGAGACUACCGUGGCAUCUUAAAUUCUCUCUGAAAAAAGCAAAACCUUUAACUUCAUAGACACAAUUUAACUUUCUGCAUCUGUGAAAGAAAUAACUUAAUAGAAGACCUCAUAAGUUAAUUUUAUAUUUAACAAUUUCUUUUUUGGAGUCCUUUUAAGUGUUGUUAAAUAAUUCUGAAAUUUUCCUUAAAAUAUUCACUAACCAUGUUUUCUCAAAGUUGCCUGACAUAAUGUCUGAUUCAAGGAAAUAUCUUUACUAUAAUAAUGCCUGCUGAUAACAAUAGAGUAUGUGAGACUUGGAGAAAAAAGAUAAACAUUUAUAAUGGAAUAUAAAUAAAUGCACAUAUGAUAUACAAAGUAAUAUGAAUAAAUAUAUAUAAAAUCACAGUCAGAAAAAAGUGUAAUGUAAUUUUUUGAACAAAAAAAUUAUAAAUAGAAUAGGGAAAAAAUUAUAAAAUGUUAAGUAUAAUUAAGUUUGUUAAAGCAUAAUAUAUAUCAGUGUAAUGCUUGGAUAUGUUUGUGUAUGUGUCGUGCUACUUUGACUACUGUAAUAAAAUAACCCAGAUGUAAUCACAGUAGCUGGGAAUGUAAUGAGGCAGUUAAGAGAAUUUUGCUUGCAAAUGAUGUUACUAAAAUAUGAAAUGAAGAUCAUGUAUUAUUUUAAUAGAGGACAUGGAUAUGUCCAUAUGAAAGAAAAAAAAUCCAGCACUGUUGUUUAAGGUAACUUUUACCAUAAUUUAAAAAGUGGAAUAAAGGGAAAAAAUAGCCAGUAAAUCAUGGGAAGUAUGUUGGUUUUAUAUUAGUCUUCAUGAAGUAGUAGGUGAAAAUAUUCUUCCAGGUUAAGCCCUAAUGUAGAGAAUGGUGUAAGAAUCAUAAGGCCAUGGGGAAGAAUUGUUUUCUCCAGACAAAAUGAACUCUUCCAUUCAGGAAAUUAGAGUGAGGUCACAUCUAUCACAUUUAUCAGGUAGGGUUCUCUCAUUUCGCUAUUAAUAUCAUCAAUAGUGGGUAAUCCCAGCACUUU